AUGAGAACUGAUUCAUUAACAUAUUAUAAUGAUUCAGUUUUUGUUAAAGUUAGAUCUCCAUCAGGCGUUGAAGAACAUAUGCCACGAAUAAUCGAUAUAACUUCCGGAAAUCUUCAAGAUAAACCUAAACGUAAAUUUAAAUAUAAAAAGUGGAUCUUGUGGGCUCUUCUCGCGUUAUUUUUACUUGGUUUACUUCUUGCAUCAAUUCUUCUCCCUAUUUUGCUUAGUAAGAAGAAAGGAACAACAAAUUCUACAACACCAUAUUCAAUAACAACAUCAGUAAUAACAACACCAGUAAUAACAACGAGAGUAACAACAACAAUUACAACAACAGUAACAACGACAAUAAUAACAACAACAGUGACAACAAUGAUAACAACAUUAAUUACUUGUAUUUAUCCAAAUGUAAUUACUCCACUGAAUACAUGUGUUAAUGUACAGAUCGAUUCAGAUAAUUGUGGAGAAGUUGGAAAUAUUUGUCCAAGUAAUACAAGUUGUUCAGCUGGUGUAUGCACUAAUGUACCUGGUAUUCAAUUAAAGAAUCCUAUACCUAUUUGGUCAGCAUCAACAAAUGGAACAGCUGAUGAUCAAAUGUAUGAUGUAGCUCUUCCAUGGAGUGUAACUCUUUAUGGUACAACAACAGAUCAUGUUGUUGUUACUACAGAUGGUGUAAGUUCUUAUACAAAUACUUUAAUCUAUGUUAAAUAUAAUACAGAAGUUCUUUGUCUUGGUACUUGUUCAACAACAUAUGCUGAAACUACUUUACCUUCAGAUGCAUUUUCUAGUGCAACUGCUUUUCCAUUUUGGGAUGAUUUAUUCAUUUAUGCAAGUACAUCUCAAGGAAUUUAUUAUCAAUCAGAAGGAACUGCUCCAAAUCGGCAACUUAUAUUUGAAUAUUAUAUGAGUCAUUAUCUUCAAGCAACACAAUACUAUCAUUUUCAAGUUACGUUCUUUGAAAAUGCUCCAGGUGUUGUUCAGUUUAAAUAUCUGGAUGCAACAGAUGGGGGUAUGACUUGUACUGUGGGUGUACAGGGUACGGCUACUGGUCCAUUCAUUUUGUAUUCGUACGAUCAAGCAAAUGCUGUACAACAAAAUCUAGUUAUUACUUUGGAUACAAAUCUUGGAACCUAUACGACAUCUAAUGGAUGA